CCACCUUGGUUGGCAAGACAGCGCACAAGUAUUUCUGCGACCACUGGCGGGGACAUCUCUGGCAUUCGUUUGAAGUUUUCAUCUUUUCUUCACCUAGCAGUCGUUGUGGUUCGAUCUAGUUGAUUCUCGCUCGGUUCUCAAGAUGGACAACUCGAAUACACCAGCCGGUCUCCCCAACGAGUACACACCCUUGUUCGCAAUCCCGCGCAAUGCGCCUUCCCAUAUCGAAUACGGCGACUUGGGCGAUUGGGAAUCGACGACCAACUCGGAUUUCAGCUCCUACGACAUCUGCGACGGUACCGAUUGCGUCUGCGCAACGAGCCACGCGCCGAGGUCGAGCCCUCAUCUCACGCCGCAUAGCUUCACGCCCGAGCCCGCCCAGUCGCACGUCGAGAGCAAUGUAACUGCUGGCAAUUCGACAGACCCGGGAACUUCAGCCAUGUAUCGCAUUUUGCAUAUCGCGUCGUAUGAUAUGGAGUAUGCGACGUGGAGGGCACUGGAGGGCACGCUGGAGCGCUGGAGGAGAGCGGACAACACCGGCAACGAGGACGACGAUGCGGGCUGUUGGCCGCUGUGUUGGCCACAAUGGUUGACCAACUUCUUCCCAUCCCAGCCAAGUACACCUCACAGUACGAUUGGGAACCGGGAAACAAACGCCAGCGGACCGGUGGCAGCGGAGUAGAUGCCAUCGCAGUCCCAGGAACACGACGGGGGCGUUUCAAGCACGAUUGAACCACCGUCGCUGAACAUAAUCUGCAGCGUCUCGCGGUACGCAAUCAA